AUGCCAGUAGUCCCUCUGUCUGUUCAAAUGGGCCGGGCUUAUCCAUAUCAGGGUCCUUUUUUGUGGCUACCUAGAGAGAUCGUGCAGGAGAUCGCUUGCUAUUUAAUCGACGACAAGGACCUUGUCAGCUUGAUAAAAACAUGCAAGUAUUUUGCAGAGACUCUUUCCCCGCCGGGGUCUGGAAUUUGGCGCGAAUUGUUUUUGGAGAAAUAUGACCCGCCACCUCCAGACAAGUCGUCUCUGGAAAUAAAAAGGGAAUACCAAUUUCGACAUAUUAUUCUCAGCAAGGCUGUCAAUUUUGGAAAUGGCGAGGGUGAAAGAGAGAGUUUGUGGCUUCAGUGCAUGUCGACUCUCAUGAAUGAAAGCUUUAGAUGGUAUGCAGAGGAAUGGUUUCAAGAUGCAAUAUUCUCGCACAAUCUUCAUGUCAUUCAACAGAAUGUUGAGAAUAAUGAUUUCCUUCAUCGCCCUACAGUUGGGUAUAACCUACGAGAACCGGUUAAACCCAGCGAAUCGUUUCUGGCUAUUCAGAUAUGUCUAACACAUUUGGCAUUGCGUCUGGAUUCUCCUUUUCGUUCUUCGCGCAAAGAUUACGAUAUUUCGAUUGCGUAUGGAAUCGGCACAGGCCGCCGCCGGUUGGCGCUGUUCCAAGGCGAAUAUUUUGAUCUGGAACAGCUUUUACACAUCAGAAAUUUCUGGAAGCACCAUUUGACCAGUCGGGAAGAGUAUACAUUCAACUCAGCUUUUAGGUGGUAUGAACUACGCCCUCAUCCUUGGGACGUCAAUUUUGAAAGGAGGCUUAUUGUAGGCCCAUCAUGGGGAGGCUACUAUUCUUGCAUUCAUCCCUAUAUGGGAAAGGAAGACCUCAUAGACCGACAGGGUUGUGCAGAUUUCUCGACACAUUGGGACAAAAUUCCUUUUGUGCGCCUUGAUCUUGAAUGCCCUUUAAAGGAUCAAUUCUGGCCGAGUCUAUUUGCAAAAGCAUUUCCGGCGUUGCCUUGUGUUACAACGUUUAAUCGGCACUACAUCUACGGCAGACAAUAUAUUGCGGGCGAAGAAGAUGAUUACUAUUGUAUCACCGGAAUGGUUGAGUACCUUCCAGGUAGACAGGGAGGCUUUCCUGAAUGGCGGCGAGUGUGCUUUGUAAUAUUCGAGCCUACAGAAGAGGAGCAAGAACUUCGCCAGGAACUAGGCCGCGGGGAAAAAUGGGAACCCCAAAGUUGGGACGACUUUGAGUGGGCAUCGGGAUAUGAAGGCGUUUUGAUCCCUGGUGGAAGGAUAAUGCUGGGAAGAUGGAAGGAUAUGCUUUCGACGUGCGAAUGGGAGGGCGGACCUUUUCUUCUCUGGGAGAUUCACUAA